AUGUCCACGACCCAAGACUGCAGAGGGCAAGCAUUGUUUAAAGAGACGGAGGAUCUACUUGAGAAGUGGAAGCACCCAGAUCCAUAUCGCCCACCUACUGCCCCUGGAGGAUCGAAAUACGAGCGCAAUCUUCCAUCACCAAUUCUCGACCCUCCUCCAAAGAUGGCUUUGUAA